CCCUGUAAAUAAACAGAGGCGGUCGGCAUUUCGUGUCUUCGAAAAUAAAGUUAUAUUCAGGUUUAAUCAGAUAUUUGUAUAGAGACGACUGAAUUAUGUCUGCUAAUCGACCAAGAGUGCAGGUUCUAAAUCUUCCAGAUGAAGAGAGUGAUGAGUUAAAAAUAACGCCACUGGGCUCUGGCCAGGAAGUAGGAAGAUCAUGUCACUUUCUGGAAUUCAAAGGCAAGAAGGUCUUGUUGGACUUUGGGAUCCAUCCAGCACUGACUGGGAUGAGUGCCCUGCCCUUUGUGGACCAUAUUGAUCCUGAGCAAAUUGACCUGAUGUUAGUGUCACACUUUCACUUGGACCAUGCUGGUGGUUUGCCAUGGUUUCUUAUGCGAACUCGCUUCAAAGGUCGCUGCUUCAUGACUCAUCCCACUAAAGCUAUCUACAAGUGGCUUCUUUCCGAUUAUAUAAAAGUCAGUAAUAUAGCUACUGAACACAUGCUGUAUUCUGAGAGUGAUUUGGAGGCCUCACUAAACAAGAUCAACGUUAUUAAUUUUCAUGAGGAAAAGGAAGUUAAUGGAAUCAAGUUCUGGUGCUAUCAUGCUGGACAUGUACUUGGGGCUGCUAUGUUUAUGAUACAGAUUGCUGGUGUGAAGCUCCUAUAUACUGGUGAUUUCUCAAGGCAAGAGGAUCGUCACUUGAUGAUGGCAGAAAUUCCCCAAAUAAGACCAGAUGUGUUAAUGAUUGAGUCUACAUAUGGUGUUAGUAUCCAUGAACCCCGAGAGAGUAGAGAAACAAGAUUCACAACAACAGUUCACACAAUUGUUGGCAGAGGUGGACGUUGUUUGAUACCUGUGUUUGCACUUGGCAGGGCUCAAGAACUCCUCCUAAUUUUGGAUGAAUAUUGGCAGCAGCACCCUGAACUUCAUGAAGUGCCUAUCUACUAUGCAUCUGCCCUGGCCAAGAAAUGCAUGAGUGUGUACCAGACUUACACACAUGCCAUGAAUGAGAGGAUUCAGAGACAGAUCUCAAUAAGUAAUCCAUUUCAGUUCAAGCACAUAUCAAAUUUGAAGGGUAUGGAUCAGUUUGAGGACAUUGGGCCAUGUGUUAUUAUGGCAUCUCCAGGUAUGAUGCAGAGUGGACUUUCCAGAGAAUUAUUUGAAAUGUGGUGCCCAGACCCCAAGAAUGGUGUCAUCAUUGCAGGUUACUGUGUGGAAGGCACACUGGCUAAAGAAAUUCUGAAGGAACCCGAAGAAGUAACUACAAUGUCAGGCCAGAGACUGCCAAUGAAGUGCUCUGUGGAGUAUAUUUCAUUUUCAGCUCAUACAGACUUUGAGCAAACUUCUCACUUCAUCCGCACCAUACGCCCCCCAAAUGUGGUGUUGGUACAUGGGGAGAUGACUGAAAUGUCCCGUUUGAAAGCUGCAUUGGAGAGGGAAUAUGAAGCCAGCACUGAGAGUCCUGUGAAAGUGUUCAAUCCCAAGAACCUUGAGACAGUUACAUUCCACUUCAGGGGUGAGAAGAUGGCCAAGGUGAUGGGAGAUCUUGCAUUACAAAAGCCUAAGGAAAAUGAUGUUGUCUCUGGCAUUCUUGUGAAGCGCAACUUCAACUGUCACAUUAUUUCUCCCAAAGAACUGGGAAAAUACAGUGACUUGAUGGUGUCCACCAUUACCCAGAGAUCAAGCAUCCACUAUACAGGUUCAUGGCAGCUGCUUCAUUAUUUACUUGCAUCAAUGUAUGGCAGUGUGGAAGUGAUCCUGUCUGAAACAGCAGAGAACAAUAGUCUUCGCGUAUUUGAUGCUAUAACCCUUGUCCAAGAACCUCCUGUGGUUGUAUUAGAGUGGACUGCAAGUCCCACAGCUGAUAUGUAUGCAGAUGCUGUAAUGAAGGUGAUUCUGAAGGCCCAGGACUUAGACAACUCUUCUGUUUCUGUGCCAACAAACAUGAAUCCAACCUUUGACAAGAUGCAUUUCAAAGAAUGCCUUAUAGAACUUUUGCAAGAAAUGUUUGGAGAGGAAUCUGUUCCGAAGAUCUUCAAAGGGGAAAAACUUUAUGUAACAGUUAACAAUGUAAAGGCAAACAUUGACCUGUCAAUUAUGAAAGUGUCAUGUGAAAGUGAAAAACUGCAAAGAAUAGUACAAACUGCUGUUACCAAGUUGUAUGAAUCCCUGGCACCUGUAACUGCAGCUGUUUAGUUACAAUUGUGUGUUUAGGGGAAAUGUACUCUCAGUUCAAACUUAUGUAUGGAAGAACAUUGAUUGGAUGUUUCUUAGAGAAUCAGAUUUUGAUUUUUUCAAACUAGUUUUUUGGAAAUAUUUUUUCCCCAUUUUAUGUGAAUCAAGCUGGUAAUAUUAAAAAUUUAGUAAUAAAGGGAUAGACUCAG